AUGCCAUUUCCCAGAGUCUCAAUGAGCAAACGAGGCAGGAACGAGUCGAGUAGUGUGGUCGACAACGAGUCGCGCCAGCAGUCCCCGCGGCGUAGCGAGCCAAAUGUCCGUUCUUACAUGCAUCAUCGAUCUCGCCACACGAAACGUGAUGACUUUAUCGCUCUCUCCAGGAUUUCCCCAGUCCUCAAGCGGCACCUGGUGCCCAACUCGAAAUGCAAGUCUACUGCGUGCAAGCAAAUCAUGCACCACUAUGAUUUCAGCCAUCCUGAUGCUGUAUACCAUUUGUCAAGGGCUAUACUGAAGACCACGUAUGGCCUUAACUUCUACCUGCCCUGUGGAUGCCCCAACGAUUCGUGCGAUCCCUCUCUUAGCGCUGAGGGGGCCGGCGAGGAUGGUGACACCCAUCCGGGCGAUGCGGCGCAUAUUGAUGUGAAGCGGUACCUCGCUCCGUCCAUUCCAGGCAGGGCUGACUACCUUCACUACGUAGCGGACCUACUCCACGUCUCUCACAACCUCCCGGACCCACCGCCCGAAGGCACGGAUGCCGCACAUCACGGACCGGCUAACAUAGGCUUUGAAGACAUUCCCAGAGGCCAGAAGGUAAAAGUAUUGGAUGUUGGAACCGGCGCCAACUGCAUAUAUCCGCUGCUCGGGUGCACCGAUUACGGCUGGAGCUUCAUCGCAUCAGAAAUAAAUUCUGAGUCUCUCAACCUCGCGAAGCGCAACCUGACGUCGAAUAACAUCACGGAUAUUGUCGACCUGAGGCACCAAAAGGAGCCUUUGAGGAUGUUCACCGGUAUUUUGCAGCCGGACGAGUUCGUGUAUCUGACUAUGUGCAACCCUCCGUUCCAUGCAAGCCUGGACCGGACCAACUUGAACCCUCGUGUGAGCACCUGCGGAACCAUCAACGAGCUAGUGUUCCAACACGACGACGUGACUACGUUUACCAUCGACGGUGUCGAUCCUCUAAACCUGCAAAAUGUCAGGUUCGGUGUAACGGGUCAGGUUAACUACACCUUUUCAAGCAACCCAAGGGAGAGAGGAGACCUGGCUUUUGUGGAGAUUAUGCUCGUAGAGAGCCGUUUCUUCGCGCACAAUGUGCUGUGGUUCACGUCCCUUGUGGCAAGGCUGUCUACAUUGAAGCGGAUCAAGAGCCAUAUUCAGGCUGACAUGCGUCGGUACCACGCAUCCAACGAAAAACAAGUCGCCUUCCUCGACGCAAGAGCCAGCGACCUGUUGAGGGGUGAAGGUGAUACCUCUGGUUGCGAAGACAAUUUCCACAUCCCUGUGAGCAACUUGCACGUUUGCGAGUUACGGACGUUCACGCUGAGCCAGGGCCGCCAAGCGCGGUGGGUCAUUGCGUGGACGUACUUCAACGCUGAACAGAGAUACAAAAUACUUAAGAAGUUGUACAACUAG